AUGGAGACUCGCAAGAAGAAGCUAGGCGAAGACUAUCCUGAUACGCUGAGCAGGAUGGCAAAUCUCGCUCUUACCUGGAAAUCCUCAGGUCGGGAUACGGAGACUAUCAAUUUACUGAGAUACUACCUAACCAAGCAAAAGGAAACAUUCGGGGUAAAGCACUGGCAAACUUUAGCCAAUUCUUUUGACUUGGCGGUAUAG